GUCCAGUUCACAUUGCAAUGCUUUUGUAAUCUACCACAGCUUCAAAUUCCUCUUUUCCUAAUAUUUACUACUAUUUAUGCUGAUAUUGUAUUUGGGAACAUAGUUGUGCUUAUAGCAAUCAUAUUUGACGCUCAUCUACACACGCCGAUGUACAUAUUCUUGAGCAACCUCUCUGUCCUAGACAUUUGCUAUACUUCAGCUAUCCUACCCAAACUUCUGGCCAUGUUGUACACUCAGUACAAGGCAAUACCUCUAGUUAGUUGUAUUGUGCAGAUGUAUUUUUUCUUGACUUUUGCUUGUUGUGAAAUGAUUCUUCUUGCAGUGAUGGGGUAUGACCGUUAUGUGGCAAUAUGCCACCCAUUACAGUAUUGCUCAAUAAUGAAUCCAAGGCAGUGUGCUUAUAUGUUAUGUUGUGUCUGGAUCACCUCAUUGCUGGAGCCAGUUGUAUUUAUCAUGUUUGUCGCCAACUUGUCCUUUUGUUCAUCUAAUAACAUUGAUCAUUUUUAUUGUGAUGUUUCUCCUUUGCUGAAGCUUUCUUGCAGUGAUACAACCAGGGGCGGACUGACCAUUUGGAAACUCGGGCAAUGCCCGAGAGCCCGGGUUCACACCUUAGUAUCCUAUGUGUUUAUCAUUGUUAACAUUCUGAAGAUUCACUCUGUGCAUGGGAGGUAUAAAACAUUUUCUACCUGUGCAUCCCACUUGAGCUGUGUUGCUUUAUUUUAUGUCACCACACUGUCCUUGUACAUGAGACCAACAUCAAUGUAUACUCCAAUGUAUGAUAAGUUUUUUUCUCUCCUUUACAUCAUAUUGAUUCCCAUGCUCAAUCCUGUUAUUUACACCCUUAAGAAUAAACAGUUCAGGAACACCUUUGAAAAAUUCAUCAUAGUGACAAGAAUGCUAAUCUUCCAUUUGUAA